UCCCGUUCUUGUUCUCCAAUGCUUUUGUUUUUCUCUUUACAAAAAUCAACUUUACAUAUAAAUCUCCUGAUCUCGUUUCUGUUCAUAAAAUCUCAAUAUAUUUCCCCGAAAACUAAAUCUUUCACCAAACAUCAUGUCCUCAAGAGAAAACCCUAAUAAUGGGAUCAGGAACUUCCAGCGUUACUGGUGUUAUCAAUGCCAUCGCACUGUCAGAAUAUCGCCCGAAAACCCUUCGGAGAUAGUUUGUCCUCGAUGUUUCGGCCACUUCCUUUGCGACAUCGAAGAGACAAACGCUAGACAAAUCUUGGACUUCACUGCAUUUGAUCCUUCCCCAGAAGCUAGAAUUCUUGAAGCUCUAACUCUCAUGCUUGAUCCUAAUUUGUUCAACAGAUCUAGCAGUGGCAAUGCAGUCCCCAUUUUUCGACGAUCGGACGGGACAGAAACCAUAGUACCACCUGAUUCUAUCAGGCCUACACGUGAACAACGCAGAACACGAGACUCUUGGCUAAGGCCAAGAAGACGAUACUCAUUUCUAAGUAAUGACACGGAUGAAUGGACACCGGAGAGUGGAAUUCUAGCACGUCCACGUUCAUGGAUUAUUCUUCGGCCAGCCGGAGAAUAUUUCCCCGGUGGACCUAACCGACUACAAGAAAGAGAAAGGCGGUUAGGUCCACCUUCAGGAGUAAACGAUAGAGAUUACUUUACAGGUCCAGGCCUUGAAAACCUAAUAGAAGAAUUAACUGAAAAUGAUCGGCCAGGUCCAGCACCGGCACCGGAGCCAAUCAUCGAUUCUAUUCCGACGGUAGUGAUUACGCCAGAACACUUAAGGGAUGAUUCAGAAUGUCCUGUUUGUAAGGAAAGGUUCAAAAUAGGCGGAGAAGCAAGAGAGUUGCCGUGCAAACAUAUAUACCAUUCCGAUUGUAUUGUGCCUUGGUUAAGGCUUCAUAAUUCUUGCCCUGUUUGUCGAAAUCCGUUGCCCGCUUCUUCUGAAACUCAAAUGGAUACCUCGGAUGAUUGUCUUGAAGAAGGGAUCAAUAGACAGCGGCGUUGCUUCAGACUUAGACAAAUUGCAGCUUCUCUUUGGCCAUUUCGUUCGAGGUAUCGCCCUUUGCGUAACCAUGAUGAACCGUCGAGGCCUUCAUGUCAUAUUCUUUAGCGUACAUUCACUUGAAACAAUCGAAACAGAGGUUCUACACAAGAUUAUUGUUUACCUGACAGAAAAGGAUGGGGCAGACGGCAGAGCGAAGGAAAAAGAAUAGCAAAAAGAAUAAAGAACAGAGAUCCAAGAGUCUGAAAAGAUGAACCAAAAAUCACGGUCCCAUUCCUUUGUACAAUACAGAAAAUUACUGUGUCUUCUGUUCAUUUUUACAAAUCAAGCUUCAAAGUUGGUCCAACUGGCUUGUGAACAAUGUACUAAAUCUAUGAAGUGGGAAGCGAAAGCCGGAACUAAAGCAUAUAAUUUCAGUUUGUUAUAAAUUGAGCAUGA